CCCUUGAAGCAGGCGCACCUGUCCACCUCCACCCCUAAAAGUCGCGCGCCCAACCAUCACCACAACCAUCUUGCCAGUGUAAACACGGCGGCCAUCUGGUUCACAACGUCACUCGUUUUUGCGCCAGUACACAUCGGGGAAUCAACUUGCAGCCGCGAUUUCACCUCAAAUUUGCUGGAUUUCUAGAUCGACUUCCCGGACAGCUCCACAGCUGCAAUGGCACCGCCGCGACAGAGCAACGUCCGCCGACGCGAGACUUCAACAGGCGACUUCCACGAGCUUGGCGUGAAGGGACGAAAGACUGGAAUUGAACUGCCAGACACCGGCGCACGCGACGAACAUGGCAUGCAGCCCAUCGACGGGCUGUUUUCUUCGCCAGAGAAGGACAAUGGAUCCCCCGACGAUGAAAUGACACGCGGCGAGCAGGACAUGGAGCUAGAAUCGGAAUCCGGCCCUGGACCUGCGUCUAUCAUGAAGAACCACCCCCGCCUUGUACCCCGAGGAAUGUCGCCGCGCAAGACGAACCUCGGAUCGCCUGCGAUGCGGCACCCCAGCUUCGGUCCCUCGUCAUCGCCGACCAGGUUGUCACCUCAACGAAGGUCGCCUCCCCCGUCGCAGUCCAACCGCGGUGGGUCGGUAUCUCGCCGACUCGACUAUGGGGGUUCCGGUGCCGAAUUGAGCGGCAGAUACCCGAACGGAACGAAUGGUCGCACGCUCUCGACGGCGGAUGAGGAAGACGAGGAUGACGAGCAGGCCGCGUUACAGGUGCGGAGCGGAUCUCCCGCAGAGAACGGCGACGAGGAGUCGAUGCAAAUGGUCGGCAUGGACGGCGGUGACGAACCCGAGCCCGAGCCCGAGUCGGAGCCGGAACUGCCGGAGCCUGAAGAAGAUGCCGAGGAGUCUGAAGUCGAGGCGCCAAAGCAGCCCGCCAAACGCAGAGGCCGUCCACCCAAGGCCAAACCGCCCGUUGAGGAGGAGGCGGCCGAGGGGGUACCUGCAGGAUCGGGUAACGAGUCGGAAGAGCAGGCACCCACCAAACGGAGAGGCCGUCCGCCCAAGGACAAGGGUAAGGCCAAAGCAGAUGCGCCCGAACCGGAGCCCGAACCAGAAGCCGCCGCCGCCCCAAAGCGCAGACGUCCGCGGAACUCCGACGCAACCGAGGCGGAGCAGGAAGAAGCCGACGACCGCUCGUCCAAAAGGCAACGGACAGAGCCCGCGAAGCCUACGGCUGGGAAGCGCGGACGGCCCAAGGCCGUUCCCCAAGAGGAAGAGGGCGAGUCGUCCAAGACUGCCAAAGCCGACUCCAAACUCAAGGCCGGCCCCAAGGGCAAACCCGGCCGCAAACCGAAGGCCGCCGUUGGCGACGACUCGAUUCUGGGCGUGGUGCAAAAAGGACCACCCAUGCCCAAAGCGCGCGGCCUCGUCUCGCAAAAGCGACAGCAGGACCCCCACGCAAUCACUCAGACGAGAUCCGGCCGCCAGUCGUUCCGACCGCUCGCCUUCUGGAAGAACGAGCACGUCACUUACGACGAGGACGAGGCCUUCGAAGAUGGCAAGAAGGGUGGCCGGUUUCUGCUGCCGAGCGUCAAAGAAGUCGUCCGCGUCGAGGAGGAAGAGCGGGAGGCGCGGAAAAACAAAAAGGCAAAGGGCCGCAAGCCCACGGCCAAGGGCAGAAGGCGGCAGGCCGACUCGGACGACGAGGAGGAGCCCGAAGCGUGGGAGCAGGAUCCCGGCAGCAUCGAGGGUGAGAUCGUCGUCUGGCUGCCGGAGCACGAGUUCAACCCGCCAGCUAUCAACGAGCAGGUUGAAAUUGACGAGGACCGCAUCGCCGUGGCGGCGGGCGCCAUCCAGACACGCGAUAUCCGAGAUGCGACGUUUCGGUUUGCCAAGACGCUCAGCCUGCCCUUUUUCGGUUCGGGCGUCGUCGACCUCCCACCGGGGGCAGAGAAACGACCCAAGAAUUCGCGCAAGAUGCAGAUGGUCUUUUUCGUGUUUCAAGGCAAGGUCCUCGUCACUGUCCACGAGACACAGUUCAGAAUCAGUGCCGGCGGAAUGUGGUUCGUGCCGAGAGGCAACUACUACAGCAUCCAUAAUGACUAUGACGCACCCGCGCGCAUCUUCUUCGCCCAGGGUUGCGAGGUUAGCAACGGCUUGGCGCAAGGGGCUGGCGGCUCUCAGGACACGACCAUCAUGGGUUGAGCAUUGGUACCCCCUGAUGGAAGCGAAGGACGGUUGAUCUGUUGGCUUUAUUUUUCCGAUGCAAGUUAUCGGCGGCUUGUGGCUGGGGAGAUGUUUGUUUCGCCUUCUUGGGAAGCUCCCCCGGCCCGGUAUUAUUCCACGCAUACCCUUCAGUGGUGGUAUCUCUUUUCAAUUCGGUCACAGCAGUGGUUGUGGGUGACAUCUUUUUAGUUCCAGAAAAAGGGGGCAGGCAGACCGGGCGAGCAUGCGAAAUGAUGGGCGGAAAGUCGUCCCGACGUGCAGUGUCGUGUGAUGUGAGCGAAUUAGGAUUAUCACGAGGCGUAAGCGGUCUUUUUGGGUUUGCAUCAGAGGCGGCAUAAUCAUACCAAGAUCAACCGAGAUGUGUUUGCAAAAUGGUACCGUCGGUCAUGCCCAGUUCGAGUGCUCGAUGUUCGAGAUGGACGGCGGAAGUCUGCCGUUUGGUCCCUUUCAGGAGAGGCGCGUUUCCAUC